AUGUUCAAAAUUACCCCAUCCAUUGGGUUGGUAGCCACCGGAUCCAUAGCUGAUGCCCGGGCUCAGGCGCUUCGUGCCCGUUCUGAGGCAGCUGAGUUCCGUUACCAGUACGGAUAUGAGAUGCCCGUGGAAAGUUUAGCCAAGAGAAUGGCCAACUUGUCGCAGUUAUAUACCCAGAGAGCAUAUAUGAGACCGUUGGGUGUGGCCCUUACAUUUUGUCAAGUUGACGUGGAAGACGACGAUAAGGGACCCAAGUUGUUCAAAUGUGAUCCUGCUGGAUACUAUACUGGGGUCAAGGCAGUGGCCACUGGACCAAAGCAACAAGAAGCUACGACAUAUUUGGAGAAGAAGUUCAAAAAGACCGACCAUGUAAAGGGAGAUUGGAAAGAAACGGUUGAGUUUGCUAUUAUUUCAUUGAGCUCCAUCUUGGGAACUGAUUUCCGCAAGAAUGACAUCGAAAUUGGAGUAGCUACUGCUGAAGGAUUCAGAAUUUUAUCUGCCGACGAGAUCGAUGAACGAUUGGUGUCAAUUGCAGAGCAAGACUAG